AUGUCAAUGGAGGAACAUUUCGAUGUGUCGCGGUCUUCAAAUGCAGAGCCUCCGACCGCUCUCGAUGCGCUUGAGGCAAAAGAAUUGGACCAUGGCAAGAAGGGUCUAAUCCUGCGCGGUAUGGACCGUCUGAGGCGGUCAAUCAGACAAUCAUUGCGGCGCAAAAAGAGCAUUGAACGGCCGAGUGCGGAAUUGGUUCAAAGCUCGUCGUCACAGGUUAAAAAUGGACCUUGGCAACCGGACGAGGCAUCUGUACGGGCUGGGUUGUGUAGUUUUCAAGUGAAGUACCUGGGUUCCACGGAAGUCUACGAGUCACGCGGCAUGACGGUUUGUGAAGCUGCAAUGAAGACGCUCAAGGCAAACAAACGGAGGCCGAUCAAAGCGAUGCUCUACGUGUCCGGUGAUGGCCUUCGGGUCGUUGAUCAGCAGAGCAAUCGAGGGCUUCUGGUCGAUCAGACAAUUGAAAAAGUUUCCUUCUGCGCCCCUGAUCGUAACAAUGCUCGCGGAUUUGCCUAUAUCUGCCGCGAUGGAACCACACGCCGCUGGCUUUGCCAUGGCUUCCUCUCGAGCAAGGAAUCGGGUGAACGGCUUUCACACGCUGUCGGUUGCGCCUUCUCGGUUUGCUUGGAGAAAAAGAGGAAGCGUGAUGAAGAGACGACCGUGGUGGCCAAGGGAAUGGCCGAUAAAGCACUCAAUCCCGAUUGGGAUGACAAGCCGAGUGGGUCCAACAACGACAGCAGCUGGUUUUCGCCUUCUACAUCGGCUGAUCCUGGUAAUUUCCAGCGAGGCGUUAACCCAGCCUAUACUUCCAUCAGGAAAGCCCCUAUGAGCGAGCGGCUUCAGGAUCCACAGGCCGUCAUCAUUUCACAGGCUGCUAACACCGCAGAAAAGACUGCGUUCCUCGAUAACAUCGCGAAGCCCAGGCCGGCCGCGAACCCUCAGCUCUUCCUUCGCCAGGGAUCUCUGCGCGCUCCGGAGUCGGCUCAAAGCUUCCGCCGCCAAUUCUCCUUGAGGCCUUUCACCGGCAAUAGUUUUGACGGGAAUACCGUGAGGCCUAACCACGGUGUCUCGCUGUUCAACGAACCCAUCUACGAGGGCGAUGAAGACCCGGAGCAUCGAGCCCUUGGCGACGUUCCCACCGGCAGGUUUUGGCAUGAAGUCUCCGCUCCUGGGAGUUCGCCUGCUGUAUCUCCGUUUCCUAAUGGCGCGGCCCCCCAAGUUCAAGUCCCGGUGAGCAUCCCGCCAGACUCGACCGGCUCGUCACAAAAUGAGCUUGGCGGUUAUAACCCCGAGGCGAUGUGGAACGAGGCACUCUAUGGUGUCCCGAAAGAAAAAAGGGCCGAGGAUUGGCUUGAGAACGCGCUGCGCAACAUCAAUAUCUCGCCAUCUUCGAGCAAUGAGCAAAAUGUGCCUCCAUCGCCCGGAACCCUCUACCUGGUCAGCCAAGCACGUGGUGCACCUGGAGGAUUACCUACUGCGAUUCUCACUGCUCCGCCGCCGAUUCCAGCCCGGCCAGCCAUAUCGAAAGAUGUCACCCGUAUCAAGCCACCGCCCGUAACAAUCUCUGAUCAUACCGAGGAGGUGUCUGAGAAAGCAGCUCCGGGCACCGGGAAUCGUUGGGACAGCCCCGAGACGGUCCAAUGGGAACAUCCCCCGCAGAACCCACAGGGCGCUCCCAGCGAUGACCCGUUCGAUGUGCAAUGGAGCCGCGUGGCACUUGGACCACAGGUCAACAUU